UUGAUGCCGGCAGAUAAUAUAUUCAACAAUUUUUUUUUUUGGGUAAUUCAUUCAAUAAUAUUUUGUGUAUGAAAUAAAUCCCGGACUCAGAGCUCCUGUUACACACUGCUACCGCUAGUGAAAAAACCCUAAUUCUCAAAUCAAGCCAAUGUCACGACGCGAGGGUCGAGAUUCUGAAUCCAGACGACACCGUUCUAGAUUUGACCGAGAACCCAGUCCUAAGAAGUCUAGGAGGGAUGGAAAACCUGCUGCAGAGAGGGUACCCAGCAACAAUAAUUUGGAUUUUGAAGACCACGUAGACCAGGAUCAAACACGCCGACGCCGGCUGCAAGAUGUAUUACCACUUGAGGCUCAAUCUGCACCUGAUACUGAGGCUGCAACUGUGUGCUGGACCAAAGAAGCUGACAAGAAAUCCAAUGCACUUCAUGAGAAAAACAAGGAUCCAACUGAUGUACCUCGCUCUCGAACUUAUUUUCAGCACGAUGAGCGUGGUAAUGCCGGGCAAGUUGGUCGAAGCUUUAGUCGUGGAGCUGCUUCUGAUCGAGAAUUGCGGAGGGAUUCAAGGAGUCAAAGAAAUGAAAGAGCUGCUGAUAAGAAAGAAGCAUAUGAUACACGGCCAAGAGAUGAGAAAUCACAUGGGAAGGUGGUUGACAACAGUGUUUGGUGCCAUGAUGAAUUCUUCAAAUUGGAGACUGAUCCACCUCCACCUGCCCACAAAAGACGAGCAUUUAGGGAAGAGAAAAUCUCAUUGGACUCUGGAAAUGUGGAUAAAGCAGUAGAAGAGUCAGCCAAGGUGAGUCGUCCUGACCGUCCUGUACUGGGAAGUGAAAGAAGGGAGCAGAGAGGCCGUGACUUCCACCAUUCAGAUAGAGUUGAGAAGCCACCUACAGGAGAUAGGUUGGCAAACAGGGGCGAAACACAAAGGGUUGGCUAUCUAUCGAGACUAAGGGAUGGCAGUGGUGGUGGUCGUGGUGAUUACAGGGGAAGAGAUAGAUUUGAAGGAAGGCAAGGGUUUCGCCCAAAUGGUACUCGAGGUGAAAAGUGGAAGCAUGACAUGUUUCAGGAUGCUAACAGGAGUCCCACCCCCAAGGAUGAAGAAGAUCAGAUUGCAAAAGUGGAAGCACUCUUAGCUUCUUAGUAAUUAAAAAGCUUAAGAUUUUAGGGUAGAUCUGAGUUUGCAAUGCAUGUUGUGGUUUGUUUUUGAAGUUGACCAUUUGAUCCAAAAAUAUAGUUCUUAUUGACAUGAAGUAGGCGCAAAAUUUUGUGUUUGUGCGCAUGAAUACUGCUAUGUGGUGGCGGCCUUUCUGAAUUCAGACUAUUUUCUUUAA